AUGAAAGAUAGUAUUAGGUGCAUAGAAAAGGAGAGAGAAGCUCUUCUCAAGUUCAAAGAUGAGCUUAUUGAUGAACAUGGCCGACUCUCUUCUUGGGGAAAUGAAAAAUAUAAAAAGGAUUGUUGCAAAUGGAGUGGUGUCUUUUGUGAUAACCAAACUAAUCAUAUUGUUGGGUUGGAUAUUGGAAAUCCAUAUGAAACUACGCCUCUAAGAGGGGAAGUGUCUUGCCCUGCAUUAUCUUCCUCGUUAGAAGUCUUAGAUCUUUCUAAUAAUACGUUUAAUGGUACCAUGUCUCAAUGCAUAGGAAGCCUUUCCAAACUCGAAGUUUUGUUUCUUGGUUCAAACAACUUUGAAGACAUAAUCACUGAAUCCUAUUUCUUUAAUGUUUCCCAAUUACAAUUUUUGCAGUUGUCUUACAACCCAGGUAUCUCGUUCAAUAUCAGUUCAGGAUGGAAUCCUCCUUUUCAAGCGACAAAUGUAUAUUUAGCUGGUUGCAAAGUAGGCCCACAUUUUCCCACAUGGCUUAGAACACAAACGAGAUUAGAGUAUCUUGAUAUCUCUAAUGCUGAAAUUUCGGACACGUUCCCUGAUUGGUUUUGGGAGCUGAGUCCAAAAUUAUCAGGAUUAAUUGUAUCACAUAACAAUUUUCAAGGUGUCCUUCCUGAUUUGUCGUCGAAGUUCUCCACUUUCGGUACCAUAGAUCUGAGCUUUAAUCAUUUUAAUGGUUCAUUACCAAUUUUGCCUCAUAAUGGAUCGGUACUGGAUUUGUCGAGUAAUGAGUUUUCUGGGUCCAAUGAGUUCUUUGGUAGUAUUCCUUCAAAUUUGUGUCAUCUUGCACACUUACAAGUGUUGGACUUUUCUUUAAACAAGAUUUCUGGUGGUAUACCAAAAUGCCUGAACAAUCUCACUGCUAUGAUUCAAGUGGGUUCUGCGUUUGAUAGGUCAUUUCUUCUUCAAUACAGUGAAGGCUUCGAGAGUGCAUUUCUAACAUGGAAAGGAAAGGAGGCCGAGUACAUAAAUACUCUUAAUCUGGUGAAACUCAUUGAUCUUUCAUGCAACAAUUUAGAAGGUGUUGUUCCUGAUGAAAUUACCAGUCUUGUAAUGCUUGUUGGAUUGAACCUUUCAAGAAACAACCUAUCUGGAUUCCUUCCUACAAAUAUUGGACAAUUAAGAUUGUCAUACAAUAACUUGUUGGGCAAAAUUCCAAAAAGCAUUCAUUUACAAACUUUCAAUGACUCUGCAUUUGAGGGAAACCCUGGACUUUGUGGCCUUCCACUUACAAAAGUUUGUCCAGGAGAUGAAAAUGCUCAAGUCCCGAAGAUCAAUGAAAAUGCUGAUGGGAUGAAAAACCCAGAGGAGGAGGACGAGCUAAUCAAUGAAGGAUUUUACAUCAGUAUAGCAGUUGGGUUCGUUUUUGGAUUUUGGGGAGUAUGUGGAACUUUAAUAGUCAAUGACUCGUUAAGGAUUGCAUUUUUCAAGUUGUGGAAUUGCGUAAUGGAUUGGGUGUACAUAAAGAUAGCCAUCAGCAAAAUCCGACUUAGAGAAGCAUGUCACAAAUUUGUAAAAUUUUAG